CACAAGUGUAACAUUUUGAAAAAUUCAUCUAAAUUUAAAAUCAAAAUUAAAUUAGGGUAUCACUUAAGGGAUUAGGGUUAUUGCUUUGGAGCAACGAUGUUUUGUACUGCUAAGUAGUUUAGCCCGAAGAUUCUUCUCCGAGCGAAGCACACACAAGCAGCGAAUACAAAUCUGUAUUUAGGCAUUAUCUGGCUUCCCUUAUCUGGUGGCUAUACCGUCGCGUCUCGGAAGAAGAACGCAUAUAGUACAUUGAGGCGGUCCUCCCACUGAAUCCCUCAUCCCUUUGUUUGUUUAUUCGCCUCCUUGUUCGAAUUCGAAAUUCCCAAAGAUUGUUUUCCAGAAAGAUAAUUGCGAUCAACAGCGUGUGGAUUUGAUCCCAAAGAAGUACUUUUUUUUUUUUCUUCACUUGGCAAUUGUUGGAACUCGUUGGGGAGCAUUCAGUAAGAAUGGCGGAUUUCCAGACAUCAACACAACGAGCCAAGUGGAUCUUUACUCCCCAGAAACUGGCGGAGAGGUAUAAAGCUGCUAACCAGAGGGCAGUGCAAAUGCUGGAUAAGUGUGGAACAACCCGAGUUGAAGUAGAUGCCAGUGGAUCACUAACAUAUCCUAAAGAUAAAGUUGAUGCAGGAGAUCAAGCUGAUAAGAAGCUUAAGCCUAUGAACGUUGAUGAAGAACGGUUCAUGAGAGCAUAUUAUGAGGCAAAGGUCCAAGAAGUGUGCAGUGCCUUUAAAUUUCCUCACAAGAUUCAGGCAACAGCCCUUCAAUACUUUAAAAGAUUUUAUCUGCAAUGGUCUGUUAUGCAACAUCAUCCAAAAGAAAUAAUGUUAACCUGUGUGUAUGCCUCUUGUAAAAUAGAGGAGAAUCAUGUAUCUGCUGAGGAAAUAGGAAAGGGGAUUAAUCAAGAUCACCUCAUAAUUCUCAAGUAUGAGAUGGCUGUUCUUCAGAGUUUGGAAUUUGAUCUGAUUGUUUAUGCACCGUAUCGUGCAAUCGAAGGUUUUGUCAACAACAUGGAGGAAUUUCUUCAAGUUAGAGAUGAUGAAAUCCAAAAAUUGAAGAGUUUGCUCGAAGCUGCGACAGCAGUAGCUGAUAAAGUUAUCCUCACAGAUGCUCCACUCCUCUUUCCUCCUGGCCAGUUGGCGUUGGCGUCUUUAAGUAUUGCAAAUGGGGCUCUUCGAGUGAUCGACUUUGAUAGGUACCUAGAGAACAUUGUUUCUCAGCGAAACUCUGAGCACACGACUUCAGAGCUUACAAAGUUACUUGAUGACAUUGAAUAUUUGGUAAAGAACUACAACUGCCCAACUGACAAGGACAUGAAGCAUAUUAACCGGAAGCUAAAAUCUUGCCUAGGACAUGGUUCCUCACAUGAAGAGUACAUCAACCUUUCUACUUUUGAAUCUUUAAACCACUUUACAUAUUUCAUAGUUGCAAUUGACGCUUUUCUCUAUUCAAUUUCCUCAGGAGUAGUAAGAAACGGGAGAAGAGGUCAAAGCACAAGUCACACAGGAGCUCCAGUGCUACACCAAACGAGGCACCCAUAGGUUAAAUUCCUCCUUCUGCCAUUUGCAAUUUUCCCUUGGCACGUUGUUUAGUUUUAAUCUUAUUGAAUGAGAAAAUCCUCUCCCCAUGUUGUUGUUCUUACUAGUAUAUUUGAACAGAUCUGAAUAAUCUCAUGUUGGAAGUUUAUGUCAACCCAAAAAGUCUGUUUAUUCUGAAGAUGUCUAUGAAACCUUUAAACCCAA